UCUUUUGGACUCGGGAUCGGUAUUCAAAAACCGGGAUAAUACUGACCGAUCCAAUCACGAUCCCGGUCAACCAUAGUUUACACAGUCGAACUUCACUAUUAAAUACACUAAAUACCAGGGUGUGCCAGUUUCGCCUUUCUACUUCCACUGAAUUACGUCUUUGGUUUUACAUUUUUUGCUUUCUAACUCCUGUUUCGGCACAGCUCUACCUCAAUUUAGAUGAUGUUUUUAAUAGUUGGUUGAUCAUUGCGUUCAUUUUUACAGGCCCCAGGGUUCAUUAUUUCAUCCCCUUUUAGUGAGUUUCGACGUGUAUUUAAAAAUAUAUUAACGGAAUCCCAUAAUGAAUCAUUCCUCAAAACAGUUUCGCAGCACAUUCUGCCCUUAUUCCUCUACGCAAAUCCAAGUCCGCGUUAGCCGGAUUUACCUCUCAUUCUGCUUCAACUUCUCAUUCAAAGCCGCUUCUCUGUUCAAAAAUUGUAAAAGAAGGUAUUAAUGACAGUCAAGAAGAAAUUAUGGAAAUGAUAGAUUUGCAUAAAGGAGACAUUUUACAGUUUCGCAUCGAGGAUGACCUCAAAAACAACCGAAAACAUUCGGAUAAUCUAGCUGGCUGUUCUCCAUCCCAAUACUCCCCCAUCCACACUCUUCCCACAUCUCCUGAACUGCAGAACCAACACCAACUGGAACAAGAUUGUUGGUCAGCCCCAGCAUGUCCAAAUGACUCACCAGAUUCUUUUGAAAUUGGGGAGGGUGAUGAAGAAUUUUCUAAAGAUAUGAAAAUGUUAUCUUCUGAAAAGCAAGACUUGAAUUAUCGAAAAGAAAGUAGCUGGUCGGCUCCUGGCCAAUUUAAUAGCGAAAUGAUUGAAAUUCCCUUGCAAAAUGAAAAGAAAGAAGACAAACUCGAAGCAGAAAAGUUGAGGAAAAAGGAUAUUUUUACCGGUAGUGAAAACACCGAUUUGAUCCCUAUGGCGGAUGAUGAUGGAUCCAAUACACCAAAUUAUGCUUCUUUACAUGGUGGAUAUCUGACUUUACCUCCCGGUUUUAAAUGUCACUCAGCUGUUGAUAAUUCAAGUAGUUUGAUUAUUAGUACUUACAGUCGAAUCUGA